CUUGCCUACUUCUGGAACGACCCCUGACAGACAAAGACAAGGUGCAAAAAUGUCGAGCUUCAAGAUGACAGCCUCUCACUUUGGCCUUGUCCCUGAGGCUGUGCGGAGACGCCUUUUCGGACAGAAAACCCAAAUGCAAGCUUCGGGAUCCCAUUUUUCUGAAAACGUACACAAAAUGCGGUCUGGCGUUCACGAGUUCGUUCGUGGGGGAGAGGCAGACAGGCUGCC